CAUAUUAUAUCUUGUCUUUUAAAAUCUCAUAGCAUUAUUCUUCAACAAGCAGAAAAUGAAUGAAAAUAAAGAUACUGAUUCAAAAGAAAGUGGAGAAUAUGAAGAUGACUUUGAAAAGGACUUGGAGUGGUUAAUUAAUGAAAAAGAAAAUAGUGAUGCCAGCACAACAGAGAUGACUUAUGAAAAGGAAGAAAAUGUUAAUCAAGAAUUAAAAGAGAAUGAAGCAGAAAUAGAAGAUAGCAAACAGCUUUCUGAUCCUGACACAUCUUCGAAGGAUGAGGUAUCACCAAGACGCAGUGAUUUCAUUUCUGUACCAAGUAUUCAAGCUUUGGAUCCCAUAUCAGAUUCAGAUAUGGAAAAUUCUUUCCAGGAAUCCAAACUAGAAAGCCAGAAUGACUUAGAAGAGGAGGAGGAUGAGGAAGUAAGGAGAUAUAUUAUGGAGAAAAUCAUACAAGCUAAUAAGCUCCUACAGAAUCAAGAACCUGUUAAUGAUAAAAGGGAGCGGAAACUUAAGUUCAAGGACAAAUUAGUUGAUCUGGAAGUUCCUCCACUAGAAGACAACGAUACUUACAAAAAUAAUUUUGAAAAUGAAAGUAAUAUGUCGGGAAAACUGUCACAGUUACGUAUUUCCAGUGAAUUUGGACAAGAAAAUGUGCUCCUAUCACUUACAGAUGGGAACUGUGAAGAAAACAAGGAUAGGAAGAUAUUGGUAGAAAGAGAUGGGAAGUUUGAACUUCUGAAUUUACAAGACAUUGAGAGCCAGGGGUUUUUGCCCCCCAUUAGUAAUGCUACUAGUACAGAAAAUGACCCUCAGCUGUUGUCGCCCAGAUCUUACAGUGGUGUCAAGAAAGAAAAGCCUUCAGCAAAGAGUCAUGCUAUCACCCACUCCUCCACAGAAGAGCCACUAACUUAUGUCCCUCAGCCACCACCCAACCCCAAGGUUCGUCCAAGCUCUGCAGCCAACUCAGAUCGAAGUAAAGGGAAUGGGAGAUCUAAUCACAGGACACAGUCUGCAACUAUAUCUCCAGUGACCUCAACAUACUGUCUUUCGCCUCGGCAGAAAGAACUACAAAAACAACAAGAGCGAAAGAGAGAAAAGCUAAAAAGAGAGGAAGAACAACAGAAAAUAGCAGAAGAAAAAGAAAAGAAAAAAGAGAAUGACAUGGUAUUUAAAGCAUGGUUGCAAAAGAAAAGAGAGCAGGUUCUAGAAGUGAAGAGAAUUCAGCGAGCAAAGCAAAUUGAAGACAUGAACAGUAGAGUAAGUAAAACUUCUCCACAACAAGCUUUUCAAUUAUGGCUUAAAAAAAAGAAUGAAGAGAAGAUUAAAGAAAGGAAAACAGAAGAGCUACGAAAGCAAGAGGAAUGCUUAUUCUUCCUUAAAGGAACAGAAGGCCGGGAAAGGGCCUUCAAACAAUGGCUAAGAAGGAAACGGAUUGAGAAAAUAGCAGAGCAGCAAGCUAUCAGAGAGAGAACCAGACAGCUCCGACUAGAAGCAAAGCGUUCGAAGCAGUUGCAGAACCACCUGUAUCUGUCAGAAGCCAAAUCUUUUCGUUUUACUGAUCAUUACAACUGAAAGUAUUUAUUAAACAUUUCGUUGGAAGCUGCUAUCAUCAGGAAUUUGAAUAUCAUUUCUUACAGUCUGUGUGCUUUGGUCAUACUCUAAAUUAUGGAAAUGAUAUUUACCUUUUGGUGAUA